AUGGCGCAAAUAAUUUCAGAUAUGCUCAACCCAUGGGACGCAACAAAGAUUCCAGACCUCAGUGGCAAAGUAGCCGUUGUCACAGGAGGCAAUGAGGGAAUCGGGGCAGCUUUCUGUACCGAGUUACUCAAGAACAACAUAUUCAAGGUCAUUAUUGCAUCGAACGAUGCUGCUCGCCACAAGGAUGCGAUGAAGCACUUCAGCAAGGAGGCUGGAAAAGACGUUUCGUCAAAGGUCACGUUUAAUGAGAUGGAUCUCGGUGACUACGGCGCUGUUAGGAAGGUUGUUGAGCAGAUUAAGAAGGAAACGGAUAGGAUUGAUAUUCUUGAUUUGAGUGCCGCUAUGUAAGCCCACUUGUCUGCUUGUACUUGCCUCUUCUUUUAUUUCUGUCAAAAGAAGAAAGAAAAUGAAAGCAAAAAUAGCGCCCAGGCUGACUCCAUCUAGUGGAAUGUACAAGACCGACGUCCCAGAAUCAACAAGCAAUAAAUCUCACUCUCUGGACCGACAUUUUGCAGUCAACAACGUCGGCCACGCCAUUUUCGCCGACGGCCUGCUCGAUUUAGUCAAGCAAACCGGCAAGAAGACAGGCGAUGCAAGAAUAGUAGUCAUGGCCUCCAACCUUCACUUCUCAGCCGAUUCAUCCGUCAAAUGGGAGUCUAUUGAAGAAAUCAACACGCACCUUGGGCCAACACUUCAAUAUAACCGCUCCAAGAUGGGCAAUGUACUUUUCGCCAAGAAGCUCGCUAGGAACCUCGCGCGAAGGGCUACGCACAGCAAGUUUUUGUUAAUUCCAUCCAUCCGGGUGUCGUCAAGACGGCACAGCAGGACGGAGCACUCGAGACAUAUACCCCCAAGAUCCAGGCGGCUCUUGGUGCAGGGGUUGUCGGGACUGCAGUCUCGGCUUCGGUUGAAGGUGCUAAUCUCGCUGCAAGGACGUUGUUGAUAAAGGAUAGUCCGGCGGGUGCGUUGAGUGCGCUGUAUGCUGCGACGUCGCCGGAGGUGAAGGAGAAGGGCCUUCAGGGUGAGUAUAUUGUGCCAAAUGGGACGGUUCAGACGGCGGAUAAGAGAGCGCUGGAUGAGAAGUAUCAGGAUAAGUUUUGGGCGCUGCUGCAGGAGUGUAUCAAGAAGGGUUAUGGCAAUUCUCAGGGUGCAGAUUGCGAAGAGGGAUCGACUGCUCGGGGAAGUGCGACUAUUUAA